AUGGAGGAGAGCAAGAUAUGCAAGGCAACCAUGUAUCUAAGACAACUAGAUUACCACGGUACCAAGUUAUUUAUGACAACCAGUUACAAAGACAACCAGUUAACUAGGACAAUCAGACAACAAUACAUCAAAGAUAAGAACGUAUCCAAGACAACCGGGAUAUCUAUGGCAGCAAAAAGAACUAUGACAACAGGACACCCGAGGAUACUAACCAACCAAAGAGGACCACGACAACCAUGUUGCCCGACAACCAUGUUGCCUACGACAACCAUGUUGCCCGACAACCAUGUUGCCUACGACAACCAUGUUGCCUACGACAACUCUGUAGCCCUCGACAACCCUGUUGCCCUGACUACAGUACCCCAGGAAUGA